GGAACGUCGCAUCUCUGUGUUUUUUGUCUCUGGUAGUCUGAACACUCAACGUAUACCAUCAUUUUGCUAAAAUUUGCAAAUUAAGGUAUUAAAAUGAUUGCAAAGUCUGUCUUAGGAGCUAUCGCUCUCAUAUAUUUGGCAACCUCUGGCGUUGUUUCCGCCGAAAAGAAGAAGAAGAAGAGUGAGAAGAAAGGAUCUGAGUCCAAAGCUGGAAAGGCCUCUGUAAAUGUCAACAAGGAUGUUAUAGAGCACGUCACUGUCACCCCAAACGAAGAUGGAACCGUAGUUCUCUUCACUGCUCAUGAAGGUUAUUCGAUUGAAAAGGUGUUCGAGGGUUCUACCUUUAUUACCAAGUUCAAUUUGGAAGCUUACUCCCCUAAGUCUGUGACAAAGCAUAUGAAGAAUGGUAAGAUCUAUGUAACCGCUGCCGUAGAAAACGCUCUACAUCUUGCUUACAAGAAGGAUGGUGACAAAUAUGAAGAAAUGCCAAUUAUUGACUUCUAUGAGGAGGUUUUAUUAAAGGGACGCGAGGUUGCCACCGUUGACCUUGAGAAACUCGAGGGACCUCUUUUCACCGUUACAACUUUUGGAUCUGGUAAGAAGCACACAUUCUCUUCAGAAAAGAAGCGUGUCGGCAAACUUGUUGCUGACGAUGAUACCCUCAUUAAGGGUGAAGAAGAGUUUGUGACGGAAUUGUGCGUCUUUGUUGGCGGUGAAAAGAGCGUAGCUAGAGUUGUUUAUCUCUACAAGGGCGAUAGUAGAAUCAAGGAGGUAUUCUUCCAAAAGACUGAGGAGGGCUGGACCAGAGUUGAGGUUGAUACCGCCGCCGAAAUUUUGCAUAGCAUAGAUUCUACAUUCUCUGCUGAUUAUAAAACUAUCUACGACGGAUUCUCCGCAUACAGCGUAUUCUUUGCUGUUUUGGCUAUUGCGUUCUCUACCGUCUUCUAA